AUGCAGCAAGCAGCGAAUGGCUGCUCUCCGCAGCAAAAUGGAACUUCUGAAAGUCGUCAAGGGAUCACUCAAAAUGGAACAGACGAUUGUGUUAUCAACGGUGACGUCAAUGGGGAAAUCAUACCCAAAACUAUGGACAAAACAAAUCAAGAGAUUGUUAGAUUGGUUGGACAGUAUUUGAAAAGUGUAGGAUUAAAUCAAACUGCAGAAUUUUUAAUGCAAGAGUCAGGAUGUCGUUUAGAUCACCCUGCUGCUGCCAAGUUUCGUCAACAUGUUAUGGAUGGAGACUGGAGUAAAGCUGAUAGUGAUUUAAAUGAAUUAAAAUCACUUUUAGAGCCAUCUUCAAACCAAACAAUGCAAAAUAAUCAGCCUCUAAAUUUAUAUGAAGAAAUGAAAUUUUUGCUAUUAGAACAAAAAUAUUUGGAGUAUUUAGAGGAUGGAAAGGUUUUGGAUGCACUUCAUGUAUUAAGAAAUGAAUUAACUCCAUUACAACAUAAUACUUCUAGAGUUCACGAGCUUAGUUCGUACAUGAUGUGCAACGGAAGAGAGGAACUUCACGCUUUAGCUCAUUGGCAGGGCAAAGGAACAAAGAGUAGAACAUUGUUGAUGGACAAAUUACAAACUUUUCUCCCUCCUACUAUUAUGCUUCCUCCUAGAAGGUUGCAUAAUUUAUUGAUUCAAGCGGUUGAUGUUCAAAAACAAAAUUGUCCUUAUCAUAACACUAAGUCUGAAGGUGGUGUGAUCGAUGUUACAUUACUCGUAGAUCAUUUGUGUUCCAAAGAGCAAUUUCCAUGUGAAACAUCACAAAUUCUAAAUGAUCAUUGUGAUGAAGUGUGGUUCUGCAGAUUUUCACCAGAUGGCCUUAAACUAGCCACUGGAUCUAAAGAUACAACUGUUAUUAUUUGGGAUGUAGACCCUGAAUCUCUUCAAGUAACUCAUAGAAGAACAUUAGAAGGACAUGGUUACGGAGUGGCUUAUUUAGCUUGGUCUCCCGAUAGUACUCACCUUAUUGCAUGUGGACCAGAAGAUUGCCCAGAAUUAUGGAUUUGGAAUAUAGAAUCUGAUGAGCUCAGAGUUAAAGUUUCUCAUUCUCCAGAAGAUUCAUUAACUUCUUGCUCAUGGCAUAAAGACGGGAAAAAAUUCGUCACAGGCGGAAUUAGAGGUCAAUUUUAUCAAUUCGAUUUAGAAGGUAACAUAUUAGAUUCUUGGGAAGGAGUUCGAGUGAAUUGCUUGUGGUGUCGUAGUGAUGGAAAAACAGUUCUUGCAGCUGAUACUCAUCAAAGAAUUAGAGGAUACAAUUUUGAUAUGCUCUCUGAUACCAACAUAUUACAAGAAGAUCAUCCUGUAAUGACAUUCACGGUAAAUGCUGCUGAUAGAUUAGCUUUGCUUAACGUUGCCACUCAAAGCGUCCAUUUGUGGGAUUUGGAAGACAAAUGUUUGGUUCGUAAAUUUCAAGGAGUUACCCAAGGACAUUUUACAAUACAUAGUUGUUUCGGAGGAGUAAAUCAGGAUUUUGUAGCGUCUGGGAGUGAGGAUAACAAGGUUUAUAUAUGGCAUUUAAAAAGAGAAUUACCAAUAGCAAUAUUAAAUGGUCAUACGAGAACCGUUAAUUGCGUGUCUUGGAAUCCCGUUUACCAUCAGUUAAUGGCUUCCGUUUCCGAUGAUGGUACCAUUCGCAUAUGGGCUCCCGCUCAAAAAUAUAGAUCCCCGACUAACAAAAACAGUUAUGUAUUCAAAAAAAAUAAUAAUAAAUUUUUUUUAAUAAAUAUUUAUUGUUAA